AUGUCGAUGGAGGAGCUACCAGACGAGGUGCUCGCCAUCGUGCUCUCCUUCCUCGCACCGCGCGACCUCCUUCUAAGCGUCGAACGCCUCAGCCUCCGCUUCCGCGCCCUCCUCUCGGACGAAGGCACACUCACCAUCUUUAUUUAUUUGUUGUGGAGCUAUUUGCUCAAGUCGUACGAUGGCCGCCAGUUGCCCACCGCCACGACAACACACGACGCCGCGGGCGGCAGGCGGCGCGGUGGCGGCAAGCUGCGCGCCAAGUGGGAGGAGCGCAUCCGGUCCGAGUCCGGCUGGAAGGCCCUUCUCAAGGCCCAGCACAUGGUCACCAAGGACGCGUCAUCGACCCGCUGCUACUGCAUGCUCUUCGACGAGGAGCAGGACGUCCUCCUCUCCGGCAACACCAGCGGCGAGGUGCAAGUGCGGCGGCUGGGCACCAGCGAGAUGCUCAAUUCGUGGGUCGCGCACAAACGCGGGUAUCUGUACAGUAUGACGUUUGUGCCCAGCCCCGAGGGCAACCGGCUGGCGACCGGCGCUCUCGACCAGGUCGUCCGAUUGUGGGACCUGAAUCAAGGCCAGGAGCUGUGCCACCUGUCUGGCCACACGGGUUCAAUCAACGCCCUGUGCGUGAUGCCAGGCGACAACAAGCUGGUGUCGUGUUCGGUCGACCACAGCACGCGCGUGUGGGACUUGGAGAAGGAGGAGUGUGCCAUGGUGCUGGUGCCGGAGCAGCAGGACUCGGUCAAGUCGGUCAACUGCGUGCUGCCGUGGGGACCGCGGGAGGUGAUGACGGCCAACAACAAGGGCGAGCUCCUCAUCUUCGACACCGCAUCGGGACUGGUCGUCGCCACCCUCCAAUCCGGCCUGCGCACCAUCCUCUCGCUCCUCCGCAAUCCUCAGAACAGCAACGAGAUCUUCGUGGGCGGCGGUCCGCUGCGCAGCGAGAGCGCCGGCUUCCCGGUCCUCAGCUACGACGUUCGCAUGGUGAACGGCCACGAGCUGGUCCCGCUCAAGCGCUAUCUCGGCAACUCGGAGUGGGUGGAGACGGCUACUUUCAACGGGCUGGGCCACCUGGUGACGGGGUCCAACGACGGCAGCAUCAAUGUGUUCGACGUCGAGAGCGGCAACUGCAUCUCCAAGCGGUGGAACAACGGCAACCACAGCCACGCCGUCAGCCGUUUGGAUCGAAGAAUCACGUGCAUGCAGGCCUCGCCGUUGCGGCUGGUCAGCGGCUCGAUGGACGGGCUCAUCCGCCACUGGGACUUUGCGCCGGCCUUCUAG